AUGGCCGAGCCCAUUCGUGGAAAGCGUGCUCAGGACGCCGUGGCUCCUACGCCUCAAAACACACCCGCAACUGCUGCUCCCAUCUCUUCCCACGCUCAACAGCCGGGUGUUGCUAGUAUCAAGGAGGAGGAUCUGGACCGUGCCGCCGCGGCUUCAGUUUUCGCCCAAAACCCCAAGCUUAUCCAGAUGAUUCAGGGUCGCCUCGGCUCCCUCGUGGGCCAAUCUUCGGGCUACAUCGAGUCCCUGCCCGCUCCCGUCCGCCGACGUGUCGCUGGUCUUAAGGGCAUCCAGAAGGAUCACUCCAAGCUCGAGGCUGAGUUCCAAGAAGAGGUUCUCCAGCUGGAGAAGAAGUACUUCGCCAAGUUCUCUCCUCUCUACGAGAAGCGUUCCGCCAUUAUCAACGGAAAGACUGAGCCUACUGAGGAGGAGAUCAAGGCCGGUGAGGAGGACGAUGAGCCCGAGACUGAGGAUGCUGCCAAGUCUGAGCAGAAGUCCGAUGUCCCCGACAACGUUUCCGGUAUCCCCGAGUUCUGGCUCUCCGCCAUGAAGAACCAGAUCUCUCUCGCUGAGAUGAUCACUGACCGCGAUGAGGCUGCCCUCAAGCACCUCACCGACAUCCGCAUGGAGUACCUUGACAAGCCUGGUUUCCGUCUCAUCUUCGAGUUUGCCCCCAACGAGUUCUUCAAGAACACCACCAUUACCAAGACAUACUAUUACCAGAACGAGAGUGGCUACGGCGGUGACUUCAUCUACGACCACGCUGAGGGUGACAAGAUUGAGUGGUUGCCUGGCAAGGACUUGACUGUCCGAGUCGAGAGCAAGAAGCAGCGAAACAAGAACACAAAGCAGACCCGAAUUGUCAAGAAGACCGUUCCUACCGAGUCAUUCUUCAACUUCUUCUCGCCACCCAAGGCUCCCACCGAUGACGAUGACGAGGAUGCCGAGUCCGACAUCGAGGAGCGCCUCGAGCUCGACUACCAGCUCGGUGAGGACAUCAAGGAGAAGCUCAUUCCCCGCGCCAUCGACUGGUUCACCGGUGAGGCUCUGGCUUUCGAGGAGAUCUCGGACGAUGAGCUUGAUGGUGCCGAUUUCGACGACGAUGAUGAUGAGGACGAGGAUGACCUGAGCGAAGAGAACGAUGACGAGGAGGAGUCUGACGACGACGAUGAGUCUGGCAAGCCUAAGCAGGAGGCUGCUGAGUGCAAACAGAGCUGA